UGUUGGAUGAUUCCUUUUACGGCCCAUCAUUGACUUUUUCUCCAUUCUCUCUCUCUCUGCAAAACCAUCUUGAAGAGAGGGAAAAACACUCAAACAAGUUUACUUGCUCUCUCCAAUCUCUGGGGUUUUAAUUCUAACGUCUCAUAUUCACCCUAUGCUUCUCUGGAGUUCUGCAAUUCAAUCAAUUGCCCAUCAAUUUAAAUCCCCAUUUUAUCAGCUCAAAUUUCCCCCGUUCUCAAUGCCUGCACACACUCCCUGAUCCGCCUUCUCAUGAAUGCCGCUUCUUCCUGUGUCGGGAAUUUCCUUGAUUUUUGCGCUCAUUUAGUGCCCCUCAUCCUCAAUGCUAUUAAUUCAUCGGUAGCAGCAACAGCAGAAGCAAUGAGCCAACCGCAACAACCAAUUUUUGUUUGUUAUUCUUAUUGCAGUUAACGUCAAAAUCGUGCGGUUCUCAUCGCUUCCUAAUAGUUUAUUGGUAAUCUUUGUUGAAGUCAUCGGCAUCGUUUGCCUCGUUGAUUUUUAUGGCCGCGCCACGGAACUUGGUGGUGGAGACUGGUGGCUGGCUGUUGGAUAGGGAUGAGGAGAAGAAUGCUGAGUCUCCCUCGGAGAAGAAGCUUAAGGCGGAGAAAUUUCCUCUUUCGCCGUGGGAAUUCACGGCGGCUCUGGGUGUGUUUUUGGUGUUUUCUACUGGGCUAUUGUGCAUUUACCUUACCAUGCCUGCCGCGGAGUACGCGAUGCUAAAGCUGCCUCGGACACUCGCGGAUCUUCGCUUGCUCAAGGAUCAUCUUGCAACUUAUGCUCGAGUAUACCCUGCGAAGUUCAUUUUGGGUUACUGUUCAACGUACAUAUUCAUGCAGACAUUCAUGAUUCCUGGGACAAUUUUCAUGUCCUUACUAGCUGGAGCUCUCUUUGGUGUUGCCAGAGGUCUUUUCUUGGUUGUCUUCAAUGCUACAGCAGGUGCAUCAUCCUGCUACUUUUUGUCUAAACUGAUUGGCAGGCCUAUUGUUAACUGGUUAUGGCCCGAAAAACUGAGAUAUUUUCAGGCCGAGAUAGCAAAGCGGAGAGAGAAAUUGCUCAAUUACAUGCUCUUUCUGAGAGUUACUCCGACAUUGCCAAACCUGUUUAUCAAUUUGGCAUCACCAAUUGUGGAUAUACCAUUUCAUAUUUUCUUUCUGGCAACUGUUAUUGGUCUGAUUCCAGCCUCCUAUAUUACUGUUAGACAGCAGCAGCAGCAGCAGCAGUUUAUCCUUGAAUCAUCCCUCAACACCAGAAUUUCCAGUAAUUGUCACACAGCUCACCAUCACAACCGCAACAACUUCGUCUCGUUUGGGCUCCGCUGCCACCUCGAUAACAGGGUCGCUUGCUUUCCAAUUUCUGGCUCGAUCAAUGAAACUGGAGCCUCUGUAUUAGUAGAUUUUGCAAUUAAACAGUAUGUGGGUUUUUUGUGUGAGUUGAGAAGAGAGAGAGUUGAAGAGCGAUGAAAGACUUGUUCUUGAGAGAGAAAGUGGGUCGGACUUUGAUAGCCACAGAGUUUUGGCAUUGUUGCGUAUGAGAAUUAAAUGUCCGGAGUCUGGUUUUUUUCAAAUUUUCUUUGAUUCUAUGUAUGUCACAACCACACGUCUUGUAUUCAUCUCAUUUAAUAAAUAACCGUCUACAUAAAUGUAGUUAAUUAAUUUCAGGGGGUAAAUUGAUUUUUUUUACCGUCUUUUAAAUGCAUAAAUAGGCCCUCAAAUCAUUGGAAGAGUGAAGUUUUAGGUGGAAUUAAAGAAGAAAGAUUUGUACCUUGACAUGGAUCAUGUGUUGGGAGUGUGCUUGGAUUACUUACUCCUAG